AUGACUACUCGCACUGGAGCAAUUACGAGGGCUCGCGAAGAAUCCCAGGCCAAUUCAACUAAUGGGGCCAUCUCGACAGUAACCGAGGUCUCUCCGCCAUCAACUUCAACUUUCAAGAAACGCAGUAAAUAUCGCCAUGUAGCUGCAUACCACUCGGAAGCUCGUCAUUCCAGCCUCAGUCGAGAGGCUGAUGUGCUUCCUAACUUCCUGGGGUUUCGAAAUCUCAUGGUGUUGGUACUUGUGGCGAUGAACCUGCGAUUGAUUAUUGAAAACUUCAUGAAAUAUGGCGUGCUAAUCUGUAUUAAAUGUCAUGACUAUCGCAGGCAAGACGUUGUUUUGGGGUCCAUAUUGUUUGCCUCGGUUCCAUGUCAUUUGCUUGUGGCUUACAUUAUUGAGCUUUCAGCCGCUACUGCAGCCAAGAAGACAGUGGGUCGUCAGAAAAAGACAGAGAAAGAGAAAGAACACGACCAGAAGGUCUUCCAGUCCACAUGGCCGUACACUGCUUUCCUACACACGCUCAAUGCUACCCUAUGCCUCACAGUAACCAGCUUCGUGGUAUAUUUCUACAUUCACCACCCAGGCAUUGGGACAAUAUGCCAGCUACACGCGAUUAUUGUGUGGUUGAAGAACUGCUCUUAUGCCUUCACAAAUCGAGACCUUCGUCUCGCGCUCCUCAAUCCCUCCGCAGAUCCGGGCUUGCCCGAAAUCUACUCCUCGUGUCCCUACCCUAGGAAUAUUACCAUCAAUAACCUAGCAUACUUUUGGCUGGCGCCGACGCUAGUGUACCAGCCUGUCUAUCCGCGCACAGCAUCCAUCCGGUGGUCAUUUGUUGCAAAGCGCCUUGCAGAGUUCGUGGGUCUGGCAGUGUUCAUUUGGCUUCUGUCUGCGCAGUAUGCCGCGCCGGUAUUGCGCAACUCGAUUGAUAAGAUCGCAGUAAUGGACAUUGCCUCUAUCUUGGAGCGGGUUAUGAAGCUGUCCACUAUCUCGUUGAUCAUUUGGCUUGCUGGCUUCUUUGCAUUGUUCCAAGCGCUUCUGAACGCUUUGGCCGAGGUAAUGCGGUUUGGAGACCGCGAGUUCUACACCGACUGGUGGAACAGCUCGAGUCUGGGUAUGUAUUGGCGAUCUUGGAACCGGCCUGUCUACCUCUUCAUGAAGAGACAUGUAUACUCGCCGCUGGUGGGUCGUGGAUGGAGUCCCCUAGCUGCGAGUGGAAUGGUUUUCACGCUCUCCGCAGUUCUUCACGAAAUGCUUGUGGGAAUUCCCACACAUAACUUCAUUGGUGUCGCGUUCUUUGGUAUGAUGUUCCAGCUGCCGUUAAUUUCCCUCACCGCACCAUUGGAUAAUAUGCGCGGGCCUGAGGGUCGGGUCAUUGGAAACUGCAUCUUCUGGGUCAGCUUUUGUCUAGUCGGACAACCGCUUGGAGCGCUCCUGUACUUCUUCGCUUGGCAGGCCAAGUACGGGAGUGUAAAUUCUCUUAUCAUCAUGGUCGCAUUCAUUGUUCCUGGCAACUACGGUGCCGUCAUUGCCGUUGCACUCGGCGCCAUCCCCGUCUUGGGAUUCGUUCACGGCUGUAUCACUGGCAGCCUGCGCAAGGAGGCCAAGGUGCCCUACCCACACAGCUAUGCCUCCAUGGAGCUAUGCAAGGAAAAUGCCAAAGCUGAGAAGUUCAACUGUGCCCAGCGCGCCCACACCAACUUCCUCGAGAAUGCCUCGCAGACAAUGCUCUUCACCCUGGUCUCCGGUUUGAAGUACCCGGAGUUGGCCGCUGGCCUGGGCGCUCUGUGGGUUUUCUUCCGCGUUCUGUUCCUCUACGGUUAUGUAUACUCGAACAAGCCGCAGGGUAAGGGCCGCAUGAUGGGCGGGUUCUUCUGGUUGGUGCAGGGUGCUCUCUGGGGAUUGAGUGUCUACGGUGUUGGACGGCCGCUCCUUUCUUUCUAA